GUUUCGAAACCCUUUGGCAUCCGCCCACGGAAUGCAGUGUCAACUUCCACUCUCUCUUUCCACCUGUUUCCUACUCUUUCAAGUAUUCUUUGCUUCAUUCCCUCAGUCUGCCCGUAAAGAGAGAGAAUAUAUAUGUCUUGUAUACACACACACAAGUAGUUACGUAUGGAGAGAGAAACUAAGGAAGAUGGAAGAUUGGGUAGCAGUGGUGAUUGUGGUGGUGGUGUUCGUGUUGCUCAUGCCGGGACUGUUGUUUCAGUUCCUUGGGAACAACAGAGUGUUCGAGCUUGCUAAUAUGCAGACAAGCGGUAAGUCCAUUUUCGUCCAUACCAUCAUCUAUUUCGGUCUCCUCACCGUCUUCCUCAUCGUUAUAGGCGUUCACAUAUAUGCUGGCUAAUUAAACUACCUACACUACUACUUUCUUAAUUAGUCUAUAUGUAUAUCUCGUCUUUUAUCUCUGUGAGUGAACAACUCCUACAAGAUUUUAGAUUUGUGGGCUAUAUUGUAAUUUCCUCUUUUUCUUUUUCUUUCAUUUUUGAAUCUAUUUUUCUUUUACAGUAA